UGCAGCGUGACAACAGCAGUGCUAUUCCCCAGUACCUAGCACAUAGGCCUAUGCCCACCGGAGUGUCAUUGCCGGAGUGUCGUUUAACUGUCAGCGGCGAUGUCAGGCUCCUCAGUGAUGAUGCCACAGCUGAUGGCAAACAGAAAAUUUGAGGUCUGUGUUGAUUCAGUUGAGUCAGCAUUAGCAGCUGUUGUGGGAGGAGCAGAUCGUCUCGAACUAUGCAUGGCCCUCUCCGAAGGAGGGCUCACCCCCACAACAGGCCUUCUCCAUACUGUUAAAAAAUACAUGAAAAAACCCACUGAAGUGUACUGCAUGGUGCGUCCGAGACCUGGACCCAUGGUGUUCUCCAGAGAGGAGUCAGAGGUCAUAUUUCAGGAUGCCCAUACUCUGAAGAAGGCUGGGGCUGAUGGAUUGGUGUUUGGGGCUCUCACCCGCCAGGGAACCAUAGACUAUGAUCUGUGCAAAACAUUCCGCAUGGCUGCCGGUGAGAUCCCCUGCACAUUUCAUAGAGCAUUUGACCUCCUGAAGGACCCCCUCAGCAGCCUGGAAACUGUGAUAGAACUGGGAUACCAGCGAAUACUAACAAGCGGAGGCAAAGCCACAGCUGUGGAGGGCGCUGAUGUCAUUGCACAGCUUGUCACAGCAGCAAAGGGACGGAUUGGGAUUAUUGCUGCAGCUGGCAUCAAGUCCAGCAAUAUUGCAAAUAUCAUAACACACACAGGAGUGACUGAGUGCCAUGCUUCAGCCAGAGUGUGCAGAAUGUUCGGAGCAGAGAACAGCAAAGGAGCCAAGGUGGGGCAUGGCAGUGACAACAUGGUGUGGGUGACAUGUUCAAAAGAAGUCCAGUCCAUAAAGAGGUCAAUGGAAUACAACUGAAUUGACUUGCUCUUGUGUACGGUAUAUGCACACUUGAGUAUAUCACAGUCAGAGCAGUUAUUCCUUUCACUGUUAUGGUAAACUAUGCUAUUUUUUGUGAUUAGAGAGAGAAAAAAUGAAGGGUACAUGUGAUGAAUAACCCAAUUUCAAAGUUGUCUUUUUGUCAGCAUUAAGAUACACUUACUUGCUUUCUCACAAACUCCUUUAGCUUCUUCUAUGGCACAAAUGGUUACACUGUUAUUCUUCAGGUACCAAAAGACCUCAAGUAACAGUAAACUGUUAUAUUAAAUGGUCUUCUGGGAUAGACACAGAAUAUAUAAAUGUUUCCUAUUGUCUCCAAAUUAUCACCAUCACAUAUAACUGACCAUGUUAGAUUAUGAUAACACUCCAGUUAGUUUCCCUGCUGUUGUCGAGUAGAGACCGUCUAGCUGUAUGUGUUCAUUCCUUUGUCCAUGCAUUAACUGCCUGCACUUUCAUUGUAAAUUGUGUCGUUGAGGAGUUGGAGGACUGUCCUAUAUUGUUAUGCAUCAUUUGUUCAAAACUUUCCAGGGGCAGUUUCUGCAGGGCAUUCAAAGUAAGAUGCAUGUAAAAUGAUAUAUUAAAAAUUAGAAUAUAAGUACAGUU